CAAAAGCUAAUCUCGCUCAUCUUUGCUUGCCAAUGCCUCCACCUUCCCUGUUAUUGGCUGGCCUUUUUUUGGCCUUCGUUCGAAGGAUUAGCGCAGAGCCCACUGACGAAUGCUCAAGUGAAAAGCCAAGUAAUUAUAACCUUGGCAUGCACAUUGCAGCCGUGUUCAUCAUUAUGUUCGCCUCAGGUUUGGGUGCCUUCAUCCCAGUACUAUCAAAAGCAUUUCCUGCUUUUCGAAUAUCUGGUAGAAUUAUAACUCUUGGAAAAUUUGCCGGAAGUGGCAUCAUUCUAGCCACUGGAUUUAUACAUAUGUUGCCUUCCGCCUUGGAAAAUUUAACUUCGCCAUGUCUACCUGCCAUCUGGAAUACAGGAUAUACGGCGUUCGCAACUUUGUUUGCCAUGACUGCAGCUUUGGCUAUGCAGCUGAUAGAGCACCUGGCAUCGGAGCAUGCACAAAAGCGUCAGGAGGAGAAUGCAAAACAAGAUGCCGAAGCUUUACAAAGUGUUGAGAAGAUACUGGAUCCCAGUAAAGACGCCAAUGCGACUAGAGCUAUUACUAGAUCGCAGGAAACCCUCAUUGGAAACAAGUCAUGCCAAACUCCGGUCAACGUGCAAGAUGCUGCUGCUGUCAUGGCACUGUCCCAUAUUCACUCCCAUCACACUCAUACCCAUGGCAGCGCAAACGAUCACUAUCCUCACGCACAUCAUCACCACCACCCACAUACCGAAUCUCAUGGCCAUGAUCACGGAGAUAUCUUACUCUUGGCUGCCCAACGCAAAGAUCUAUCGACAUUUAUCCUAGAGCUGGGCAUCACCUUCCAUUCUGUGAUUAUUGGUAUUGCCCUUGGUGUUAGUCCUGGAGAUGAAUUCACGGGACUUUUAAUUGCGCUUUGUUUUCAUCAAUUCUUUGAAGGCUUCGCACUUGGUGCUCGACUGGUCGAACUCACCUUCCAAACCUACCAGCACGCAUUCAUAAUGGCUUUCGUGUUUGCCAUGACCACACCUGUAGGCGUUGUCAUCGGAGUCGGCAUCAGUCAAUCUUACAAUGCGAACUCAGUGGCUGCAUUGCUUACGCAAGGUAUUUUCGACUCUAUCUCGGCAGGCAUUCUUAUCUAUAUGGCGUUUGUCAACCUGAUUGCUACGGAGAUGGUCCAUGACGAGAGCUUUAUGAAACUGGAUCAUGCUACUAAGUGGAGUUAUUUCGUUGCCAUGUGGAUAGGCGUUGCUAUUAUGAGCGUCAUUGGGAUCUGGGCAUAAACAUGCCUUCUUCUUUGUACAUAGAUUUUUUUGUUCUUCAUGUUUGUUGUACAUUGGUAAUGGAUAAGUAAUAGAAUUGGUGACUCAGGUUCUUUAUCUAUUCAAAACUUUAAAC